GGCGCCAAGAUGGCGGAGUACGACCUCACCACCAAGAUCGCGCACUUCUUGGACCGGCACCUGGUCUUCCCCCUGCUCGAGUUCCUCUCCGUCAAGGAGAUAUACAAUGAGAAGGAACUACUCCAAGGAAAACUGGAUCUUCUCAGCGAUACCAACAUGGUGGAUUUUGCUAUGGACGUAUACAAAAAUCUCUAUUCUGAUGAAAUUCCUCAUGAGUCUUCUGAAAUUGGAGAUAAUUUCUCCUUACUGGAAUACUUCUUAUCAGCUCUGCGUGAAAAGAGAACUACUGUUGUUGCUCAGCUGAAACAGCUGCAGGCAGAAACUGAACCUAUUGUCAAGAUGUUUGAAGAUCCAGAGACCACACGGCAAAUGCAGUCCACUAGGGACGGCCGAAUGCUGUUUGACUAUUUGGCUGAGAAGCAUGGUUUCAGGCAGGAGUACCUAGAUACCCUCUACAGGUAUGCAAAGUUCCAGUAUGAAUGUGGUAAUUAUUCGGGAGCUGCAGAAUACCUCUACUUUUUUAGAGUUUUGGUUCCAGCAACAGACAGAAAUGCUUUGAGUUCUCUGUGGGGAAAGCUGGCGUCUGAAAUUUUGAUGCAGAAUUGGGAUGCAGCCAUGGAAGAUCUCACAAGAUUAAAGGAAACAAUAGAUAAUAAUUCUGUCAGCUCUCCGCUGCAGUCUCUUCAGCAAAGAACAUGGCUUAUCCACUGGUCCUUAUUUGUGUUUUUCAACCAUCCUAAAGGAAGAGACAACAUCAUUGACCUCUUUCUCUAUCAGCCUCAGUAUCUCAACGCAAUCCAGACAAUGUGUCCCCAUAUCCUGCGCUACCUGACUACUGCAGUCAUAACAAAUAAGGAUGUUCGAAAACGUAGACAAGUGCUAAAGGAUUUAGUCAAGGUUAUUCAGCAGGAGUCCUACACAUACAGAGAUCCCAUCACAGAGUUUGUGGAGUGCUUGUAUGUUAAUUUUGAUUUUGAUGGUGCCCAGAAGAAACUGAGGGAGUGUGAAACAGUGCUUUUGAAUGACUUCUUCUUGGUGGCUUGCCUCGAGGACUUCAUUGAGAAUGCGCGCCUCUUCAUAUUUGAGACUUUCUGUCGCAUCCACCAAUGUAUCAGCAUCAGCAUGUUGGCAGAUAAACUAAAUAUGACUCCUGAAGAAGCUGAGAGAUGGAUUGUCAAUCUGAUACGAAAUGCACGAUUAGAUGCUAAGUUGGAUUCAAAGCUGGGCCAUGUAGUUAUGGGCAACAAUGCAGUCUCUCCUUACCAGCAAGUCAUUGAAAAGACCAAAAGCCUGUCUUUUCGUAGUCAAAUGCUGGCUAUGAACAUUGAGAAGAAAUUAAACCAGAGUGGCAGAUCUGAGGCACCUAACUGGGCUACUCAAGACUCUGGCUUCUACUGAGAUACAUCUGCAGAAGGGAGAAAGGUUUUCAUUUGACUAAAGAUAACAUGAUAAAUAUGUCACUUUUUUGAGGAAAGGUAAUUAUGUAUUCUAUCAAAAAUUAUUUGAAUAAAAUUGGCUCCUUUUAACAGUUUGUGCAUCUUCAUAAUUUUAAUUAUGUAUUUAGUUAUGCCAUAUGGAAAGGCUCCUCACUCUGAUUAUAUUCUGGAGAAGAGCUUACACUCGUUUUUUUUAGCUAGAUGUUUUGUUCCACUCUUCACUGGGCUUCCUUGGCACCUUUGCUCUACAGAAUAAAAUGUACCAGGAACUCCUUAAGAAGCUGUGAAAUGUAGGGACUGCUCAGUGAGGUGAAGGUAAACAAUGUAAAGGGGAAGCUACUGUCUCACCAAGCAGUUUAGCACUCAAAGCUGAGAAGUUAGUGGCUCCCCGUUCCCUCUUUGCAGCUGUGGAAUUUCUUCCAUCUUUACUCCUUAAAUUCUGGAACCCACUGAUGAUGCUUAAAGCAAGUUGUUAUAACUCACCAACCUUCCUGCUCUAACUUUUUUCCAAGAUUAGAAUUUUC